AUGGCCUCAUCUGUCCCCUCGGCGCGGAGCGCCUAUCGUCAACUCCUCCGUGCCACUCGCAUUGCCUUCCGCGACGACAUCCGUGUUCUCAUCGCAGCCCGUCAAGAAGCCCGUCGGAAUUUUGACAGCCACCGCCGCCAAGGCAUCGACACCCCCAUGCAGAUCAACCACGCCAUCGAAGUGGCCAACAUCCUCAGACAUAACAUUGUCCAGGGCGUACGGGAAUCCGAGGACGAAGCCGCCCGGUGGGAACUACGGAUUCACGACGAAAUCGAGCGUGGUGACAACGACUCAAUCAAGGUCGGAGGCAAAAGUGUCAAGGUCGACAAGCCGUGCUCCGCCUAG